AUGCCUCCUCGACGCGGAACCGCUAGCAGUGGCACCAGUCUUAAAAAUGUCUUGGAGCACCUGAAGAGCGAAAAGGUCAAGGAACGCCAGGAAGGCCUCGCAGCGCUCCGUACAACUUUUGCGAGCGAUAGUGCCGUACUGAAUCUCGAUGCCACCGGGGAUGGACGCGCCUGGCUCGCUGUAUUUCAGGCUUUAUUCACGGCAGUAGGUACGGAGCGGGCCGCAUACAUAAAAAAAGGCGAGUCUGUUGUGGUGAUGCGGAGACUUGGCGAUGCAGCCUCGGCUGUUCGGUGGCUGGUGGAACGCUCCGUCGCACGGAUGAAUAACAAGGUCCUCAAGUCGCUCUAUCUACAUCUAUUGCAGACAAUGAUUCAUAAAGGUCGGCUUUUUGCACCACUUGCCUUAGAUUACAUCAAGGCCCUUCGUUGCAUAUUGGGUUGGACGCCACACAUGGAACAUCUUCGGGAGGAACUAUGGGUGAGAAUAUUGGAAUUGGGAUUGAAUGUGGUUCUUGGGGAUCCGAUUAGGAGGCGUUUAGACGAGGAUGUGGAUGAUCCCAAUGACGAGACGGAGGCUAGUGUGGCCACCGGAACAGACGUAGAAAUGUUUAUGGACGAAGCUGACGAGGACUUGGGUACGCCAUCCACUUCCACUACUAUUUCUCAAAGAAAGCGCAAGCAUCGAAGUCCCGAUCCAAAAGGAUGGCGCGGUGGAAUUUUCACUGGCAGUCCCGCACCAAGGUCGCAGCCAGUGACAUUGGAGCAGAUCGAAUGCAUGUCUAUUUUGGCUCUUUUGUUACGCUCUUCCUCUGCACCACUUCUUUCGUCCAAUCACACAUAUCUGUGCGCAGCCCUCUUUGACCGUCUAGCACGUUUUAUUCGCGUGUAUCCGGGCGACUCCUCGCUGCACCACGAUUAUCUACUUGCCCUGUCCGCUGCUCUUUCCCAUGCGGCGCUGAAUGCUCGCGCGGGAAUAAGUAGAUUUGCCAAAGAUGCGUGGGAUGGGCUACUUGGCAUGUGGGGUACGAAGAAUCAGAGGAUGAAGCAGGACUUGGUCGUCGUACUGCGCACGCUUUUCCCUUACUUCGUUGAGGAUUGGGCAGAAAACGAGGAGUUUUCUCAUGUGGACUUCGGAGAUGGUGUCAUUAAGCUAUGGCAGCUACUCAAUAGCGAAGCCGAGAACCGCUGGGGCGUCAACGGACUCUCUUUGGAUUCACUGCGACUUCAACUUGUACACACAGGCGAUGAAAACGAGCAUUGGGCUUUCGUUGCACCGACAGUACGUUACGGAUGGGAUUUUGACGCCAAUCAAGCACUAGCUUGGGUUAUGCUUGAGUUACAAGCAGAUUGUAUCGAGAAGCUGUAUCACCUGGUAGAAUUUGCGCACUCUACAGGUUCUAGCAGUGGCAGGGGCAAACGUCCUAAGCUCGAAAAUCCAAUUACCAGCCUCCUGGAAGCGAUUCGACUCAAACUCACGUCACAUAUACGGACAUAUCAUCUGCAGGUCCUAUUAUUCGUUAUUCACAGGCACUGGGCAAUCUUACAUCAAGGUCUGAGGCAAGAAGUGGUCUCAGUCUUGCUCCAAUUUGUGUCCUUCGAGGAUGGUAUUGUGCAGUCCUGGGUAUUCCUCUGUCUCGCUGCCAUCGCACAUGCCGAUGUCACUUGCCCCAGAAAUCCGUCGUCUAACUGUGUAUCUCCCUCCCUUCCAUUUAGUACUACCACCUGGGACAACGUGUGGGCCCAUUCAAUGCGCCGUACCAACGUCCCAGCUGUUAGCCGCGCUGCUUGUCAUACUGCAUAUGUCCUUCUCUGUCAUGCCGAAACCCUCUUGACGUCCCACCGUGUUCUAGCCGAAAUUGAAACCUUUGCCAAGGAUCUUGAUGUCCAGGGUCCUGCAUUUCCCUGUGAUUCGGUCUGCUCUUUUCUUGUCUUAUCUCUUCGUGUCGCAAGUCAAGACGUGCGAUUGUACAGGAUGCAGCUGGAGGAGAAAGCGCUCACAUGGCUGAUAGAUUCUUGGAGGGUGCAACCCGUAAAGAGGCUUAGAAUGCCACUCCACACUCCUGGAGAUAUCCUAAUGUUACUAGAAGGCAUCUGCUCACUAUCGCGGAGAAGUGGUCUCAUAUAUGCCAUGCAAUUGCCCGAAUGCUCAGUCGUAGAGGCGCUGGUUGAGCACCACCAGACAGCUGUCAUUCGGGACUUUUUCUUGCAUUCACGACUACCUCCCCUUCGGAAAGGUACCCCAACAAACGACAGUCAUUUACCGCAAGCAACGGCUAUCGACAGCGGUGCUGGGACUCUAGCUGGUAGUUCAGAUACCCAGGACUUGAUGCUGCCACGCGGCCGGGAGCGUCGAAUAUCCGCUUUCCUCAUGAAAAAUAUGGAGGAGUUGAUAUCCGGUGGGGACAGCCAUAAGGAGACAUCAGGCUCAGUGACAGCGGAGAAGGUUAGAUCAUCACUUGAUAUAUCACUUCUUGCCCUCUCUUUCGAGGCCACCUUGAUUUCGAAUGGAAUACGAUCCAAUAGGCGCACAAUACAAGCCGCGUGCAGACUUAUUGAAGCCACAGUUCCUCUCAUCUCGGCGAAGCGAUGGACGCUUGAGGAAAGAACAUUGAUUCUUGCCGGACUAGAGCCUUUGGUGCUCGUUGACAGCCGCCAUGGAGAUGUUACCACCUGGGAGACUUUGGUGCUUCCUGACGAGAGCAGUGGCGUCAGACAAAGAGUAUUGAGAGACAUCAGGCCAGCUGUCGACUGCUCAGCGCUGCAGGCGGCUGCAAUGCGCCGUGAUAUUCAACGUCUGAUCUUCCAAAGUGUAGACGUCAGUGUUUUACCAUUGUUGUGCAAUAAGCAAAUAACAAAGUUCCAGGUCCAAGAUGUCUUUGCUGAAUUGACAGCAGCAUUACGACGAGUCCUUCGAAUUGUGGUAGGCGAUGUUGAUGGUGAUGAAUCUCUUGAUGCAAUGGAAGUUGACGAAAAGGAUGACUUUGGACCGGUCAGAACGAGUCAAACUCUCGUAUCAUCCAUUCCGACCCAGCAAGGAGUAAGAGGCGUAUCCUUAAGCCGCCUCACAGUCGAUAUCUGUAUGACUGCGCUCACCGUAAUCCCAAUUCUACAAUCGACUUCGGGAGAGCCCACACGAGACAAAGAUCUUGCAGACAUGGUUCUCAGCUGUCCAGAUGAUCGAUUUUUCUUCAUGGCUCCAGCUUUCUUCGACAACGUACGCGAAGGCACGUUGGCUCUCAGCGCCUCUAAUAUGCACAAAUUUUUAGACAGAUUUGGAGACCUCCUUCAGCGGUAUGAUUUCUCGAAGAGUGAACGAUUGCAGUUGAUGGUUGUUCACUUCCUCAACUCUACCCGCAAUGUGUGGCUGCAAGCGGCGGUGGCUUCAGGUCCUAUUGGUACACAAAUCCGAGAGCUAUGGGAAUGGUUUUGCGAGAUGCUGGACAAGAAGCAAGUGCCUUCGUGGAGGAUCCGAGAUCUUCUGGUCCGCUUCAUUGACGACUAUCUAGCGCAUGAUCCUGAGCAGAACAUGUUCAUGAAGUACGAUGCACAUCACGAUGCGGUUGCCAUCUUGGAUGAUGAUGAUAGUGAGCAUUGGAAAGAGCGACACGACGAUGACUCUGACAUUAAAGGGCUUUUACCAUCCGCUUUACUCCCGAAGUUGGGAGCCGACGUGGAUAUUCGGGUUAGGUUUCGUGCCGCCGUCGCCAACGCGCGCCUACUCCGCUUUGCUCGUAAGCUCUCUCAGAAUCCGUCUACGCUGUAUGCUACGAUCAAAAAACAUCUCACCGUAACAUUGGAGAACUAUGAGCACAUGCUAACUCGUCUGCUCUGCCUUGGCAAUAUCAUUAUCGUAAGCUCUGCCGUGCGACGUGGACCCUACUGGCAUCUUCUGGAGACCUGUCUGCACACGCCGCUGUACACAAAGCAUAUAGAAUCCGUCUUAACAGGUGCUGCAGGAAGAUUAGGCCUACCUCACUUAUCCGGAUUAUUUGAAGCCUAUGCAUCUCAACUCGCCUUUUCAAUACGCCAGGGUGGCUACGAUUUCCUGAGUUUUCCAGCUCACCUAUUGGGUUACCAAGACAAGAGACAGUGUGCUGAGGCUUCGUUCCGUGCUUUCACGCCAACGAACCUAAUUGCGCAUGGCACACGAGACGAGAAAGCACACGGAGAGAAGUUAUUUGUUAACCAUUGCAGAGCAGUCCAAUUAUCCAAAUCGGAGGGCAUUCGCGCUUGUUUUUCUGAUAUUGUUGGAUACCAAAUUGUUAUUUGGACGGAGGAGCAUUCCGACUCGGAAGAUUCGAUGCAAGACUUGGAAGAUGUACUGAAAGCCGUAACAAGGGAUAUUGGUGAUCAGGGUGACUUCGAAGCUCUACUGAAUCAGAAUGCGGACGCCAUCUUCGCUGCCAUUCUUCGUACGCUUGGCGACCAGGACGUGAGCCCGGAUGGACCUAUUGUCUACGGUCUGUCAGUAGCAGGCUACCAAGACGAUUCUAUCCGAACCUUUCAUCAUCUCAGCCGUUACCGUUUGGCAAACUCAUUCGCGUCCCAUGAACCAAAUCUCCCAUGCUAUUGUACUCAGACAGUCCUGGAGUCUUUAAAAUGGCUGAUGACACGGGUCCCGAACAUCGAUGUAGCCGCCAUCACCUACCAUAUCUUGCACCAACUUUUUGCCGACAUCGAAUGCUCAUCCGUUCUCAACGAACAAAUGAGGCUCUUGAACGGGAUUACCCUUUGGGUAGCUGCAAACCACCUUCAUUUUAGGGAUUAUACGCUUCUCAGAACGAUUGGAAACAUGGCAGCAAGCUUGUUGGCCCAACCAGACCUUGCCCGCGCUUCGCAAUCUAUAUUGGAAUGGUGUUUCGGCUUAUACAGCGCGCACGCUGCGAAGGACACCAACGUUCCAGAUAUCUUCAUUCGUGUUAGCUGUCUCGCUCAUAUGUAUUUUCAGGAAUCCCAGAAUUUGUCUUUGGUAGCUAUAGGGCGCGAUAUUUUGCAGUGGAUCGAAGAACAGGCAUCGGCCUUAUGCGAAAGCAACGGCGUGCUCAAAUCUCAAAUCGUUCAAGCUCUUGCUGCUUGGCCACAAGAGCUGCCACCGAUGUUGCAAAUGUAUCGGGACGCAAUGAAUCUGCAUGAGCUAUCUUCUGUCCUUGGAGAUCAUCGCAUUUCAUCAAACAAGUUUCGUCUGGUUCGGCGCCUUCGUGAUCUUACAUCGAACGAACAUAGCAGCAAACACGAUGAUGGAGCAUUCAUGCAAUCAGACUUUUGGCGUCUGAAGGAAUGCAUUCCACCAGCAGCUCAGUUGGUUGAUGACGAUAUUGACGCAUUUGCAUCACUCCUGAUUCGCAACCACGGACAAGUCGAUAGCUUUGGAGUCGUCCACGAACGCCACUCCCUACAAAACGCACGAGUCAUGCAUCGUAAACUGUCGAUGAAGAAAGAGCCAAGCGAUCGUUCGAACGCCGCGUACCAUGCUAUCACUUUCAGCUUGCUGACAAUGCUCGAUGCUACUAUCAUCGAUAGGAUCCAUGUUGCGUAUUGCACAUUGCGAACGCUGAUGUCGACUCAUGCACUGGAUAAUUCUCGAUCAUGGCUACAUGGUUACAGAGGGGAUCUACACUAUCUGCAGCUAUACUCAAGAUCGUCUACACCGAGACCAGCAGUCAACCUGUACGAAGAAUUGGCCUCAGUUCGUUUCCUGGAGCUUUCCGAACAUUUUUCUGACUGGGUACCACAGUUUGCUACACUGCUGUGUGAUUCUUUGAGUAAUCAUGACCCGUUCUAUGCUGCCCUAGUCCCCAUUCUCCGGAGUGACAUCCACUUUGCAGAACAAGUUCUCCCAGUUCUAGUGCAGGCCAUCUUAGCCAUUGAACGCUCUGAGGGCUCUGGUGUACUUCAAAAUUCGUGUCCAAUUCGCGAACAUCUAUCACAAUAUCUUGCGUCUAUCCUAGCUCAUGACUUGGCUCAUAUAUCAUGCUUGCGAGUCCUAGUCGAUAUCGUAUUGCACCUGCGCUUCUUUAGGCCAGCUGGUAGUAAGGACGCACUGGCUCACGAUAGUUGGCUUCGCGUCGACUAUACUCUUGUAAGCUUGAACGCAAUCAAAUGUGGGGCAUACACCACUGCCUUAUUGCUUCUCGAGUUGGCAGCAGAAUACAGCGAUACGACAUCCCCUAAUGCCAAUGUCACCGAAGAGAUCCUGUUCGAAAUUUAUAGUCACAUUGACGAGCCAGAUGGGUUUUACGGUAUUCAAACUCACGAUCUGAGAAGGUUUCUCAUCAGACGGCUACAUCACGAACAACAAUGGGACAAGGCUUUCCGCUUUCACGGUGCGGCACUCGAAGCCUGUACUAGCGAUACGAACAACGCACGUGGUGUAGUGGAAGCGUUACAUUCCUUUGGAUUUGAUCACCUUGCGAUGACUUCUUUGGGGAUGCUCUCCGAGAACUCCGAAGAAAGCACAAGUCCGAACGCAAUGGUAUACCAUCUUGGCUGGCGCACGCAGACCUGGGAUCUUCCGGAGCCGUUGGAUGGACAUUCUCAAGGCGCUUCGUUAUACCUUGCGCUUAGAUCCGUGUAUAAGGAACGAAACCCGCAUACGAUCGAUCAAGUUGUCCACAAAGCGCUGACAGACGAGUUGAUGCAUUUGCGACAUUUAGGGGACGAAAAUUUAGCUGAAGUUCACCAAGUCCUCCAGAAUAUUAUGUGCUUGAGCCAAGUCCGAUUCUGGAGAGCAGAAGCCCUACAUUACGUGAAGUCUGACCUCAAGGCAGGCGAUAAAAAAUGGGACGAUUUCAUCCGUAUAGACCGAGAUUUCGAAUUUCGCAAUACAGAAGCGAUCCUGGCCACUCGUAUAGCGCUUGUACGGUCCGCAAGGCAGAAGGAGCAGCGCGAACAGAUUGGCAAUUUGUUGUCUCCAUUAUGCCGGGAUCUGCUUGACCUCGAAAGAAAAUGUUUGACCUGCCUAUCAGAGGCUGCUCGUCAUGCUGUUUCCUCGCAGAUUGCUUUAAACGCUAUCUCAAAAGCGCAGAGCCUAGAGCAGAGCAUACCGUUAGAUGUUUCCCUCGAAUUUGCUAACGUUUUGUGGCUUAUGAAGGAGCCAAAGUUAGCCGUUCAAUCCCUGAGCGAGCUCUCUUCCGACAUUCAAUCUAGGUUUUCACUGGACAACUCACAGGAUAGCAUCCAGACUGCUCUUUUACUAGCACGUUUAGGUACUUGGUCAGCUGAAGCUUCUCUACGGAAGCCAAGUGAAAUCAUGAGUCAAUGCUUUGAUCCCGCAAUUCUCAUUUUGGCCCAACAUGAAAGCCAAUCGCCCGCAGUACUGUUGUCCGAGCAAGCCGUUAUUUUCCACCAAUAUGCAAUUUUUGCUGAACGCCAGUAUCAUAUCAUUGCGAACUCCCCCGACGCGUUGCGGUGGAGGGUCUACGUCGACCGGAAGACCGAAGAGAUCAAGCAAAGACAACAUCAAAUCCAACGAACACAGCCUGGCACAAAAGAACAUGUGGAUCUUGUCAGGCUACUUGAAAAGGCCAAGGCAGUAUUAAGACAGGAUCGAGCCCAUUUUACAGAUCAUACUCGGUCUAGAGAUUCUUUUUUGGCUCGUGCUGUAGAUAUGUAUUCUCGCUGCUUACUCGCCUCUGACACAUUCGACAACGAUUCUGUUAUUCGGCUAUGUUCUUUGUGGCUCUCGGUCUUCGACAAACCGGAUCCUGCCCUGGGCUUUGGGGUCGCGCUGGAUCGUGUACCUUCCCAUAAAUUUGUGUUCCUUGCCCAUCAACUUGCCGCUCGGUUGUCAAGAACGUCUCCUGGACAAAUUACAGUGAACCAGGAUUUACUUCAAAAGUUAUUUGGCCGGAUGUGCCGUGAACAUCCCUUCCACAGUUUGUAUCAGUUCAAAGGAGAGGGCGGAGACGAUCUCCGACAAGAUGCUGUUAUGGAGCAAGUAUUCCAUCUCGUCAAUGUUGUUCUUCAUCUCGAUCGCCAGACUAAGAGACGAACACUCAGCAUCAGAGACUACAAGGUCAUUCCUCUGGCUUCCCAAGCAGGAGUGCUCGAAUUUGUACAAAACACGUCACCACUAAACCACUGGCUUAGUGGUGCUCACGUUCGCUAUCGGCCAACAGAUAUAUCUCCUGGCGAAGUUGGAAAACAACUCUCUAAGAAACAUGUGGAAUGCAAUCACGAACGCGGCCCCUUAUUGACGCUCUUUACCGAAAUUCGCAAGAAAUUUAAGCCUGUGAUGCGGCAUUGGUUCAUGGAAAAGCAUAAAACGCCAAUGUCUUGGUUCGCAAUGCGUCUAAAGUAUGCCCGCAGCGUUGCGACCACAUCUAUUGGAAAACUGCUGCCUGUCCCAGAACGGGUGCCAUUCCGUUUGACCGCGGAUAUGGUCGAUGGACUGGGCAUCUCAGGAACUCAAGGUGUAUUUCAGAGAUGCGCUGAAGAGACUCUGCGCGUCCUACGCGAUCAGUCAGAACUCAUCCUGACCGUGCUAGAAGUGUUCAAGUAUGAUCCACUCCAUUCAUGGACAGCGAGUGAGCUCAAAGUCAAACGGGCGCAAGGUUCAAAUGAGACAAGCGUUCAGCUGACCGGCGAGGCCAUGCGUCUUGCUAUUGGAAUCGACAUGGCCAGUGGCACAGCAGACGAGGCAGCAGAUCGGGCGUUGUCGGCAGUCAAUCGCAAGCUCGACAAGACGCUGAGUGUUGAGUAUGUUGUAAACGAGCUCGUUGCCGAAGCUACAGAUUUGGGCAACCUUGCCCAAAUGUAUCACGGUGGGGAUUUUGUACCACAUUGA